AUAUGUUCUCGAUUAUGCAAACUUGUCGUAAUUUUUGGAACUAGGCAAAUUUUUUAAAACAAAAUUUGUACUGUCCAAGAUCAUUAACAAUGCAUAACAAAUUAGAUAAGUUCUUAUCACUCGACCCUUGAAUAUUUUAAUAAUGAGAUGAAUGAAUCGUACCUCCAGUUCAGAUCUAGAAGUCAUCGUAGUCUGAGCUACACUAGCAUGUGUGAUGUUCAAAAUCGCCCAAAAAGUGAAAGAAAAGGUAAAAUUUAAUUUUUCCCAGUUUCAGUAUUACGCAAAAAUGCUUUUUGUAGUACAUGGAGUCUAAAUUUUUCCAAAUAACUUUCUACAACAACACGAAUUUAGUGUUAAUCAGUGCGAACCCUCUCGAAUUGAACAUUUUCGUCGACGUGUACCAUAUUGAAAGUCCAGGCCAUGGCUCUUGACUUUGUUGCAGGCUGCAUUGGGGGAUGUGCCGGUGUGAUAGUUGGACAUCCCUUGGACACAAUAAAAGUGCAUUUGCAAACUCAAGAUGCGAAAAAUCCAAAAUUCACCGGAACUGUUGAUUGUUUCCGGAAGUUGGUAACAAAAGACGGCCUCAGGGGACUUUACCGAGGAAUGACAAGUCCUUUGGCGGGAGUCGCUGCCAUUAAUGCGAUAGUUUUCGGUGUUUAUGGCAACACUCAGAGGAGUUUGAACCCGGAAACGCUCCAGUCGAGUCUAAUUGCCGGAGCCACAGCCGGAUUUUUCCAGAGUUUUCUUUGUAGUCCCAUGGAGUUGGCAAAAUCACGACUUCAAGUGGCCAAAAGCCCGUCAGGUCCUCUUGAUUGCUUGAGAAAGAUUUACCGUGGGGAAGGUGUGAGGGGUCUUUUCCGGGGGUUAAAUUCAACAAUCCUCCGGGAGAUUCCCGCCUUUGGUUCUUAUUUCCUCACUUACGAAUUUUUGACCCGGAGUGAUGAUAACCGUCCGGUUUCGACCGGAAACAUGCUACUGGCUGGUGGGAUUUCCGGGAUGGUUUCCUGGAUUAUCGUCUAUCCCAUAGACGUGGUCAAAUCCCGAUUCCAAAUAGACAACACGUACAAAAAUUCUCUUGAUUGUUUGAGGAAAAGUGUCUCGAGUGAAGGUUACAAUUUCUUGUACAAAGGGCUUUCGCCUACACUUUUGCGUGCGUUUCCCGUAAACGCCGCCACUUUCGCUGUUGUUACAUGGACCGUGCGUUUGUAUGAGGGGGAUUUAUGGGGGCGGUGCAGUGAUGCUGUAUAUACACUUAAAGUGUCAGAGGCUGUUCCCGUUUGAAACGUGUAAUCAAUUUUCAAGAAAAUGUGUUUUGCUUGUUAUGUGAUAAAUUAUACAAACUGGUGUUUUAUCACGUGAAUAUGCUAAAAUGGGAUGAUGGGAACUUAAUGAGGCGAUUUUCAGAAAUAUAGUGGCGCCAGCAAUGCUGCACAUUGUAGUUAUGUAGAUUUUGACAUUGAAAUAAAACUGUAUUGUGUU